UUACGUCAUCGGUUUACAGCCAGUGGUGACGGUAUUACUCCACCUGCUGUUCUGUCGACUGUCAUAAAGCAGGAAGAAGAAACAAGGAAUGGUCCAAUGUCAACUAACCUAGACGCCCAGUCAGAUGAACUGCUUGCCCUUGCAAGCAAAUAUGAUGAAGAAGAGUUUCGCAGGACAGAAUCAAGUCAGAAGGGUGAGAUCCAUCUGUGCCUUCAGAUUCCUCCUGACUUCAGACUGCUAGUAAGAGGAAAGACAUGCGUAGAGGUUGAUAUUUCCUUUUUGCCGUCCACUAUUCUGAGUUUUGAACUGCCGACAGACUAUCCUUCAUCAUCUGCUCCAGUCUUUACUCUGAGCUCCAUAUGGCUUUCAAGAGUCCAGAUCACAGCUCUUUGCAAGAGACUGGAUGAACUUUGGGAAGAGAACAGGGGCAAUGUGGUUCUUUUUACCUGGAUCCAGUUCCUAAAAGAAGAGACUCUGCAGUUUCUGAACAUCCAGUCUCCACUCGAGAUCCAAACUAAUGGUGUCCAGUCUCAGUGUGAAUCUGCUGAGAGCCAAGCAGCAGACACUGCUGUAGAAGAGCUGGACCAGCGAGCAGUUCUAGAAGCCGAUCCUCACAGUGAUAUAUUAACCCAGCUGCUGGAUUUUAAUGAAGCUCAGAAGAAGAAGGUGUUUGAGGCUACAGUUUUUAGCUGUGGAAUUUGCUUUUCUGAGAACCUGGGCUCCAGCUUUGUGCUCUUCAAUGAGUGUCAGCAUGUUUACUGCAAGACAUGUGUUAGGGAUUACUUUGAGAUCCAGAUUAAAGAUGGCAAAGUCCAGUUUCUUUCCUGUCCUGAGGCAGAGUGCACCUCCCUGGCUACUCCUGCACAGGUGAAACUUCUCGUGAGCCAAGAUGUUUUUGCCCGCUAUGAUCGGCUCCUCCUGCAGUGGAGUCUGAACCUAAUGACUGAUGUUGUUUAUUGCCCUCGCAAAAGCUGCGGCAUGGCUGUGUUGCUCGAACCUGACCAGACCAUGGGCAUCUGCCCCUCAUGCACAUUUGUUUUCUGCACCCUCUGCAAUCGAGUAUACCAUGGCCUCGCUCUCUGCAAAGAAAUACAAGAGGAGAAUGAACGAUACGAAAAGCUUGCAAUACAAAGGAAAGAUGAUGAAGUGUGGGUGAAGCAAAACUCGAAACAGUGUCCAACCUGCGCCGCUAACAUACAGAAAGUUAUGGGCUGCAACAAGAUGACCUGCAGCUCCUGUCAGGAGUAUUUCUGCUGGAUCUGCGUUUCAGUUCUCAAGAGAAAAGACCCCUACAGCCACUUCAGAGACGAGAAAUCUCCAUGCUUCAACCAGUUAUUGGAUUUUGAAAUGGUUGAUAACGAAAACUGAAAAAUAAUGCACUUCUUCAUGUACUCCUUCAUGCUUCCACUCCUACAGGGCUGUGUUUUACUCUGGUACCAAAGUGUAGACAAGUAGAACCUUCCAGUGCUGGUGCAUGGAGGAGUUCAAAGCCUUUAAACACUACCACAACAGAUUUUUACUCACAACAACAAAUCCUACACCGCAAAUAUAGGUGUCGAUUAUCAGUCAGCUACAGUAUAGCCAGUGAGUACCAGUCAAUACAAUCUUCCAUGAGAAAUUUGCCUACAAAUUCUCCUCAAGGUAUGUGCUCAGUUUGUAAAGAUGUCAUACAUUAAGGCCCAAUCCACUCAAACAUGAAUAUUUUCAAAACUGCAGUGUUUUUCUACACAAUUUGACCGUUCAUCCACACGAAAACACUGUAACAGGGGACUGAAACCCAAAUUUGUGACCAGGGUAAAGAUUUUUAGAAACUUUGGAAACACUUUACCAAAGUUUUUGCCUUAUGACAUUAGCAUGCAGGCUGUAUUCUCCUUUCUGAUUGACCAACACGGCUUUAUUCUAACGCUGCAUUUGUAACAGAGGCCAGCUAGUGAAGUGCUGUGCAGGUAAACCUCAAUCCCCUGAACCCGAAAAGUUGCUCUAGCGACAGACGCUAGUGGCCAUGGUCUUUAGUCUCAUUUUUAGAGCAACUGACUCCCAUGCGGAGAGACGCCGGUUCGAUCCCAGCUUGGAAUGGGUUGGGUGAUGUAGGAUCGACGGGGAUUACAUUGGUGCCGUGACCCGGAUGGGAGUGAGGUUUAGCUUGCUGAGUGUAACAGAAGCCAGCUAGUGAAGCACUGUGCAGGUAAACCUCAUUCCCCUGAACCCGAAAAUGUGCUCUAGCGACAGAUGCUAGUGGCCAUGGUCUUUAGUCUCCUUUUUAGAGCAACCAACUCCCAUGCGGAGAGACGCCGGUUCCAUCCCAACUUGGAAUAGGUUGGGUAGGGUAGGAUCGACGGGGGUUACAUUGGUGCCGUGACCCAGAUGGGAGUGAGGUUUAGGGGGUAAGUGUAAUAAAGGCCAGCUAGUGAAGUGCUGUGCAGGUAAAUCUCUCCCCUGAACCCGAAAAGGUGCUCUAGCGACAGACGCUAGUGGCCAUAGUCUUUAGUCUCAUUUUUAGAGCAACCGACUCCCAUGCGAAGAGAUGCCAGUUCGAUCCCAGCUUGGGAUGGGUCGGGUGGGUAGGAUCGACAGGGGUUACAUUGGUGCCGUGACCUGCAUGGGAGUGAGGUUUAGCUUGCUGAGUGUAACAGAAGCCAGCUACUGAAGCACUGUGCAGGUAAACCUCACUCCCCUGAACCCGAAAAGGUGCUCUAGCGACAGACGCUAGCGGCCAUGGUCUUCAACCUCCUUGUUAGAGCAACCGACUCCCAUGCAGAGAAUCGCCGGUUCGAUCCCUGCUUGGAAUGAGUUGGGUGGUGUAGGAUCGACGGGGGUUACAUUGGUGCCGUGACCCAGAUGACAGUGAGGAUUAGGGGGGUGAGUGUAAUAAAGGCCAGCUAGUGAAGUGCUGUGCAGGUAAACCUCACUCCCCUGAACUCGAAAAUGUGCUCCAGCGACAGAUGCUAGAGGCUAUGGUCUUUAACCUCCUUGUUAAAGCAACCGACUCCCAUGCGGAGAGUCGCCGGUUCAAUCCCAGCUCGGAACGGGUUGGGUGGUGUAGGACCGGCGGGAGUUACACAUUCACUCUAGCAUCGACAACGACCUCUCAUUUCAAUGGGGUGAAGUCUAGAUGAGAUACAGCUGUGGAUACUAGUAUCAAUUUAUUGUAAUUUUUGAGACACUGUACAACUAUAAUUAAUAUUUUAACAUUACUGUGAGAGUUGGGUUUAAGGUUGGGGUGAUGGAAGACGUUAUUAAAAUACAAUUGAAUGGAUAAUUUAAUAAAUAAUAUGAGCAAUACUGGGUAUAAUUACUGUUUUUACAUUACAGUAAUGGUUGGGUCUAAGGUUGGGGUAGGUGUAUAUUAAUAAAAUACAAUUGAUUGGGUAAUUUAAUCAAUAAUAUGAACAAUACUGGGAAUAGUUACUGUUUUUACAUUACGGUGAUGAUUGGGUUUAGGGUUGGGGUGGGGGUAGACAGUUACAAAAUUAUAUUAAUACUUGGUAUUUCCGACUGCAGCUGUAUACCUUCUAGCAACAACUUUCAAUGGAGAGCGAUCGACUGACCAUUUAGCAACCAUAUAUGUGCAUGUCAAGCGAUGCAACAGAGUAGAGAAUCCUUUAACUUUAUGCAAAUGAGCACUUUCAGCUCCUGCACCAGACUGUUGUAUUCUCUGUGCUGUAGACUUACAGUACAGAGACACGCUUGCAGCAGAUAAAUAGCUGCAAUGAUGACCCGGCAUGCCUUUUUUUUAAACAAAGGCAUGGGGAAAACUUCCUGUGUAGAUCUGAACUUGUCUUAAAUAUCCUCAUAUUAACACUCCAAUAUUCAUUUGCACUACAAACCUGUUUUGUUUCUACCAAGCCGCAGAGAAAAGCAUCUGCAGAAGCCAAAGAUCUCACAAGUCUUUCCUGUUUAGUUUGUGUUUGUAGCUCUAAAUGUAUGUAUAGUUAAUAUUCCUCCAAAACACAGCCGUUUAAUUAUAUGGUUUCCAAAUACGUUUACAUGAAAACCCACAAUUUACAGCAAAUUUGAAACAGGUGGUUUUGCAUCUGGAUAUCUUUCUGCCCUAAAUGAAGCACUAUAAACCUUUAAAGCUUGCUGAUAUACAGAGUCAUUUCAUAUUUAAAGUUACAGUUCACCCAAACAUGAGAUUAUACUGACUAUUUACUCUCUCCUCAUGUGUUUCCAUCCCUUUAUGAGAUUCUUUCUUCUGUA